ACCAAUUUUUAACGUCAGUUUGAUUACAGGUGUUACUCGUGUUAGGUCGCGCUCCCAGCUGUCAUCACGCGACUUUAUCCUCCCCUUUGACGUUUCAUCUUCCCGCACAUUAACAUUUUAUUAUUUUGCAUAUAUUUUUCUCAUCUCUACGAUUCUCUGCAUGUUUAUUCAUGGGCGGGAAUCCAUUAUCGAGAGUGUGUUUAUUUAAAUUUUCGGCCAACGUGAAAUAAUACAAGUUAAAAGAAACAAGUGGCAUGACCACUUGAUAGUCGUACCAGCAUUUUAUACUCAAAAUGAGAAGGAUCUUUAACAUGUUCAGCAUGGUUCAAGCUAUCACGGUUCUGACAAUUCUGAAGAUGCUAGCAAAUGCCCAAACCACGUGUAACGGCGGAACUGGAAGAAUAGUUUACGAAAGACUACCGGAUCAACAACUCCAAGGUUUUGAUGAUGAAGUGGUCAGAGACACGGCCCCACCCUUCAGAGUUUUGGAAAAAUGUCAGGACCUGUGUUUACGUGACAGAGCAGCUGGCAAUAAUUUACAACGUGCUUGUUCAAGCUUUGAUUUCCAGCCUGGAAGUAGAAUCGCGUCAUUCAGCGGAACAGCAGAGUAUGAGGAAAGCACGUGUUAUUUAACGAGAGAACAAGCGCAACCAGAAGGAAUUGGCAAUUUAAUGCUCGUACCUAAUAGUGUUCAUUUUACUGAAGUUUGCCUAACAUCUAACCGAAUCGAAAGGGACUGUCCGAAUCGUCGGUACAUAUUUGAGAGACAUCCGAGAAAAAAAUUGAAACUGCCAAUGACUGAUGUCAAAGAAGUUAGUGCCACUAAUAGAACAGUUUGUGAAGACAGAUGUCUCAACGAAUUCAGCUUUGUUUGUCGUUCAGCAACGUAUGACGCUGUCACGAGAAGCUGCUUACUCAGCCGUUUUACUCGUAGAACACAUCCAGAACUUUUAGAGGAUGAUCCCAACUCAGAUUAUUUGGAAAACACUUGUUUGAACGCUGAAAGGAGAUGUGAUGGCUUAACAGUAUUUGUAAAAGAAGAAAAUAAAAGAUUGCGUGGUCCAUUUGAAGUUGACAUUUAUACAAACCUUACGUUGGAUGAAUGUCAAGCUUUGUGCUUGAGGGCUGAGAAAUAUUUCUGUCGCAGCGUUGAGUACGAUGAGCAAACACGACAGUGUGUGAUAUCUGAGGAAGAUUCAGUAUCGCAAAAAGAUGACAUUGGAAUAAGCAGCAGUCCAUCAUAUCAUUUUUACGACCUCGUUUGUUUGGACAAUCCUCCUUCCGUAGCACGUGGUUCUGAAUAUCCGGACAAUAGUGUAUCACCCCAUCUCUACCCGGACAGCAGACGUCCAGACACGGCAUUCCAGCGCUACCGGAACUCGCGUCUGAGUAGUGAAUUCCACUCUGAGAUAACCGGAAGAAGCUUGAGCGAGUGUCUAGAUGAAUGCUUGAGACAAACGAGCUUCCAGUGCCGAAGUGCUGUGUAUUCUGAACACUAUCGUACCUGUCGUCUGAGCAGAUUCAACCAGCGUGACGGACAUAGGAUUAUUUACGAUGCUGAUUAUGAUUACUACGAAAACCUCAUGCAUCAACACAUGGAUGGAGAUAGAGAUAAUCCUAGCUACAGGCCAGAUCCUGUAGGUCAAGAUACUAAUUUUGGAAGACCUUCUCUUGGACGACCAGGACAUCCAGAUGACUAUGAUAAAGGUUAUUCAAAUCCUCAAGGAGAUCGAUACCCAGAGUAUCAUUACCCUGGAGAACGUUAUCCUAACAGCAAGUAUCCAAAUCAAUAUCCUGAUGACCGCUAUCCUGACAGAUAUCCUGAUCGCUACCCAGAAAGACCAGACCGCUAUCCCGCCGGAGGAGAUCGAUUUCCAGCAGAUCGAUAUCCAGGAGGUGAUAGAUAUCCCAUGGAUAGAUAUCCCAGCGAUCGAUAUCCAGUCAGCGGUGAUCGAUAUCCAUCGAGCGGUGAUCGAUUCCCUGUUACGGGUGAUCGAUAUCCGGUACAUGCAGACCGAUAUCCACCUCCAGUGGGCGCAGAUCGUUACCCACCUUAUGGAGAUCGUUAUCCCAUUUCGGGAGACCGCUAUCCUGUCUCGAGUGAUCGAUAUCCCGUGGCUGGCGAAGGAUAUCCCAUCAGAGGAGACCGCUAUCCGGUCAAUGGUGAUAAUUACCCAUUGAUUGGGAUGCCGGGGUAUCAUAGAUAUCCUCCGGGAGGACAACGUUAUCCUCCUCCUACGGGACCAGGAAAUCGAUAUCCAAGCCCUGCUGAUAGAUAUCCAAUAAGAGAUGAGCAUUAUCCUGCUGUUGGAAACCGAUAUCCUCUUCCUCUUCCUGAUGAUUCCCUGAACCGGUAUCCCACUGCUGUACCUGGAGUUAACCGAAUUCCACCACGCUAUCCUACGGAUCGAUAUCCUGACAAGGAUGUUUUUCCCAACAGAGACCGAUAUCCUGGAUUACCAUCGAAUAGCUACGACGAUGAUGUAAGAGGCACUAAAGGCUAUGGUGAACGGCCUUACUACGGUGGCAAUGCUCCAGCACCAGCCCCAGUAAGACCUCUAGGGUUCGGUGGAUACCCUGACAAUUUAAUUGGUGGCGGAAUUGAUGGUUAUAUGAACGAAGGUGAUCCUUACAAUGCCCGGCCGAUUGGUACUGGUGGUGGUCCAAUUAUUGGUCGUCCACCUCUUCUCUCUCGUUGCGAUGAACAAGAGAACUUCCGACAGGUUGGCCAGAGAACUCGUGUCCGCAAGCCCUUUGUCAGGAGAUACACCACAGCCACAACGUUAACCGAGUGUGAACGAGAAUGUGCAGAUGCACGAGACUUUGUCUGUAGAUCAUUUAAUUAUCGUCCAUACGCCGCACCCUAUGGAGCCGAGAGAGACAACUGUGAAUUGAGUGACAGAGAUUCGAGGGAUAUGGCGAUGGGAAACCCGAUUUAUUAUGAUACAGGAUCAGAUUAUGACUUUUAUGAGAGAAACAGUGGAAGACAAGGGGUCGAUGGAGAGUGUUUGGAUGUAAGCCAAGUGUGUAGUGAAGAUGGGAUGGAAUUUACUCUGAGAACACCUGAAGGAUUUAUUGGUCGUAUAUAUACUUAUGGUUAUUACGAUCGUUGUUUCUUCCGAGGAAAUGGUGGUACUGUUAAUGUUCUUCGUAUUAGCGGACCACAGGGUUAUCCUGAGUGUGGAACAAUGCGGUAUGGAGACACGAUGACAAACAUAGUGGUUGUUCAAUUUUCGGACUACGUGCAGACAGGCAGGGACAAACGAUUCAAUCUGACAUGUCUAUUUCGAGGACCAGGAGAAGCAGUUGUCACGUCAGGCUACAUUGGUGCCGGGUACGCCAGAUCAGGAUCUCCAAUUCCUAUUGAGUAUCUUCCAGCUGAAAAUACCUUGAGCUCAAGAGUACGACUGCUGAUUCUUUAUCAGGGAAGACCGACUACGACUAUUGCCGUUGGUGAUCCUCUUACCUUCCGAUUGGAAGCACAGGAUGGAUACAAUUACCCAACGGAUAUCUUUGCCACAAAUGUGAUUGCCAGAGAUCCCUACUCUGGAAGGAGUGUUCAGUUGAUUGAUAGAUUUGGCUGCCCAGUCGACAAUUACGUUUUCCCGGGUCUUGAUCGUCUCCGAGAAGGAGACAGUCUCGAGGCACGAUUCAAUGCUUUCAAGAUCCCGGAAUCAAAUUUCCUGGUCUUUGAGGCAACCGUGAGAUCUUGUCGAGACGGAUGCCAACCAGCUUACUGUUCCGGAAGCGCUGGAAGGAGCGAACCUUCCUUUGGCAAACGCAGACGAAGAUCUUUGAACGAUACUGAUGAUGCAUUGGACGAACAUGAGAAACUUUCGACGGUGAAAAAUAGUACAGAGUUAAUAGAAGAUGAAGAUGAAAAAGAUGGAGAGGAGGAGCAUGUUCGAGAAAUGAUUGAAGUUCUUGACUCGCGAUAUGAUAUGUAUGAGGACAAUGUCAUUCAAAAACAAGUGGCUCCGCUGGAAACAAUUUGUAUCACUCCAAACGAAUAUUAUGGAUUGGUGACGGUGGUAGUGGGGCUGGUGGUACUCUUAACAUCCGUCGUACUUCUCACUCUAUUGAUUUACAGAAAAUAUGGAUAUCCAAUAGUUCGGAAGAACAAAAGCGUGGAUAAAGUAUUGAGCCGGAGUGUCAUCAACGAGGAAUCAAGUAGUGCUCGAGUGAAUAAUUUUUCUUUUAUGAGAUCUGGGCUUCAUAAACCAUUCCAAGCACCGUCGCUAAGUCAAAUUUUUAAUCAUCAAUUAUCGUCUCCCGAGAUGGAAGGAGCAGUGGGAUUGACAGUAAAUCGAAGGAGUGAUUUCGAUCCAAGCGAGCCGAUUUACACAGAUCCAUCAUUGUUUGAAGUUUCUCGGGACUCAUCGUUACAUCAAUCAAAGUCUGCGCGUAAUGAAAAUUUACAUCUUAUAUGAGACAGUAGUUUAAUUUAGGUGAUCACUAUGAAAGCUUAAACGUUUUCCGUUAACUAAUUAAUUAAAAAUCUUACAAAAAACAAGAUCGGAUAACGAUUAAAUAGCUCACUCAAUGUGAUUCAUCAUCAAUUAUACUUGCUUUUAUUCGAUAACAUUUUUGACAAUCAAUUAAAUCAUAUAGUUACAAAUCAAUUAUUUUCGUACUACUUUUAUAUUCAUUUUGAUCAUCGCGAUAUUGCAUUUAAA